AUGGAAUGCAAGUAUGAAGUAGCUUUAUUAGUUGAUCCUUCAAUUAAGAAUGAAAAAGAAUGUAUGAAAUAUGACUUUGAAAAAGUGAUUAAUACUAAAUCAAACAUACAUACUGCGGAAAGAAGUGUAUGUGUUUUUAAGAACACUAAUCAAUCAGAAUUUGUAGGAUACAAUACUAAAUCAACUGUAGUCCAGCUAUAUGAGGAUAAUAUCUGGCUAUGGUUCAGAUAUAUCUUUACAGGAUGCUAUGCAUUGCGGUAUCGCAUAGAUAAUUUAUAUAUAAUAGGACAGUCUUCAUUUUUGAACACUACUUAUCAACCAACGGAAGUUCAAGAACCACAAGUCCUUUGUAAAUAUAAAGAUAUGGAUAUAAGACAUUCUAAUUCUGAAACAAAACAAGUUGUAAAAAAUUUCACAUUAGAUGUUUUUCUACCAGCAAAUACAGGAGACUCCCUUCAUCUGGAAUUGAUAUCACCGCGGAAUAAAGACCUACAACAAAAAUGUAUUUGGCAAGGAGAACCAAUAUUAUACUCAUGGAUAAUUGGACUGAAAGUAGUUGGUGUUCCGUACAAUGAACUAAGAGAUCAUCAUUGUAGUGUAAAAUUGGAAAAGCCAACGGUAAACGGAAAAUAUAUAAAGAGAGUACGUUGUAAUUUUCAAAUAGAAACGCAAACUGAAGGUCACUGUUUUCGAUAUCACCUGGUUGAUAACCGAUGCCAGCCAGAUACUAUAUGGAAGCCAGAAUAUUACAGAUAUUAUACGGAAACUAAAAUAUUACAUGAAGAGCCAUGUUUAUGGGUACAGCGCUGCACGAAAUCUUACGAUAAACUACAGGACAUGAUCGUAUCGAAACAGACGAAAUCAAAUAUGAUGCUGAGCGCAACUUUGUACCUAUUGUUGCCAAUUAUUGCUAUUGUGUUAAUUGUAUCGGCAGUAAUUGGAAUACUAUGUUUCUGGCAUUACUCGUGUAAUCGAAAGGAAGAAAUCAAUUUGUAUGUAAAUCCGCAGCAUGACGGUUCUGAUUGUCCUAAAUCCAUCGAUUUCGAUAUUAUUGACAAUGUUAUUGAAAAGACAGUCGAUCAUGGUAACUCUUCGUGCGAUGAUAUCGUCCUUCUUUACACCAAUCAUUCAACAUCUUUUAUGACGUUGAUGAAAGAUUUUCGUGAGACACUCACCAAAAUGUGCUCUUGUUCUGUGCAUGACUGGCAUAAUGGAACUGUAUGGAACGAUGUUGCCAGGAUUGGUACUGUUUCGUGGUUUACUAAAUUAUUUGACAAUGGAUGCCGCGUCGUUUGGAUAGAUACACCAUUUACGAGAAGCGUCGUUAUAUCAAACGCAAGAGACAACGAAUCAAGCUUAGAUAAGUUGAGUAAAUACUAUGAAAUACAUGAUUUCCGCGAUAUAUCAUUUCGCGCUGUACUUGAAGUGGCAAAAAGCAAAAUAAAUGAGGUCCCGCGUCAGUACCGCAGACAUUUUGUUGUAAGGUUUGAAGGAUUAGAAAGCACAGCAAACGUGAAUGAUCCAUUCUUAGAUCUCUCUCCUCAUGCACGAUAUUACUUGCCGCAGCAUCUUAUGCAAUUGUGUACAGAUUUGUCGAUGGUGAAAUCAGAAAUUUCUAAAGAUAAGAUAAAGAUACAAGAAGAUUUUCACCGUAUUUUCAGUAUACCAACUUUACAAGUCUCAGACGCAGUAACAUUUGAAAUCUGUAAAGGCGAAAUCAACACUAUGAAAUGUAUUUCCGUAAACGAUUUUAAUAAAUCCUUUUAUUAUAUUGUAUGUGUUUUAUUGAGCGUUAACGAAUAUUUCUUCAGCGCAAAGUCUUUCGUAUUUUAUUAUCCAGUUCUUCGGACUUCUCUGCAGUUAAUUCGAUACUGUAAAGAUGGCGUAAUUAAUUCGGUUAUAUAUAUCGUUCGCAGACUUUGCGAAACGCCCUUGUUCCCCGUUUGGGGAAAAUCUCUGGAUAUUUCGUAUAUAUUUCUUGAUUUAAUUUCAAUACAUAUUACGGCAGGUUUCCGUGCAAUUGAUUCUUUUCAGAUGCAGCUGUGUCUCGCGUAUCUUUUGACGCUCGUCGUUGCGAUCGACGUAGCCUUCGGAAGUCCUUUAACAUUCUUCCUGAUGACGAAUGCAUCGUACACGCGGGCGAACGUCGACCAGUCCGGCGCAUCGAAUAGACUAAAAAGUGAGAUUAAACCGGCUAGCAUCAAGAAGAGCGGCUUCACGACGACGUGGACCAGAAUUUUGCAAAAUCCACCGGAUUCCUUAGAAGUCGCCGUUGGGAGUCGCGUCGAGCUGCAAUGCCAAGUAGUUGGAAAUCCGCCGCCCCAGGUUUAUUGGAUAACAGGAAACGAGCCGGAAAGGCAGAUUCAGGAGUUGACCGUGCGGGCUCAAGAAGCGAGCAAUGAUAUAUCCAAGGAAUGGGAAGGGCUCAGUCAAAUCACUUCCACAUAUGUGAUUGAUUGCGUCAGAGUUGAAGAUCAAGGUUUAAAGUAUUGUGUGUCUGUAUCUAAAAAUGUAGUGGCUCAAUCAACGCCGACGGUACUCCUCGUUAAUAGUACCAAAGCUGUCGAAUGCAACAGUGAGAGUCAGCCCACUAUCACCUUGCAUGCCUCUUGGAGAUUCGCUCGUGAUGACAGCACAAUAAUUCUUCCAUGCAGAGUCGUGGGCCAACCGACGCCUUAUCUAUUCUGGUUAGAUAGCUCGAGCAAAAUCAUAAGUCCCACCACACAUGAGAGACAUACUGUUCUACCUAGUGGCGAUCUACAGAUAACGGAUGUUGAUUGGCCCGAUAUGGGUGAAUAUAUUUGCAAAGUACAAUCGGGAUAUACGGAGAAGAGCAUCACUACAUUUCUGUAUCCCGUACUUUCUACAUCAAAAGGCAAAUGA